UGUCAUAAGUAGAGAGAGAGAGAGAGAGAGAGAGAGAGAGAGAGAGAGAGAUGGAGGGAAUAGAGCACAAGACAAUCAGUGUAAAUGGCAUAAACAUGCACAUAGCAGAAAAAGACAAAGGUCCAGUGGUCCUCUUCCUCCACGGCUUCCCGGAGCUCUGGUACUCAUGGCGCCACCAGAUCCUCUACACGGCGGCGCACGGCUACAGAGCGGUGGCGCCAGACCUCCGAGGCUAUGGCGACACCACCGGAGCACCACUCAACGACUCCACCAAAUUCACCGCUCUCCAUCUGAUCGGAGACAUCGUUGCUCUCCUUGACAAAAUCGCACCUGAUGAAAACAAGGUGUUUGUUGUGGGGCAUGACUGGGGAGCAGUUUUGGCUUGGUAUUUGUGUCUUUUCAGACCUGAUCGAGUCAAGGCUUUGGUGAAUUUGAGCGUUCAUUACCUUCCUAGAAACCCUACGAUGAGCUCCGUCGAUGUGUUUCGAGGAUUUUAUGGCGAUGAUCACUACAUCUGCAGAUUUCAGGUACCUGGAGAAAUUGAAGCGGAGUUAGCCCAAGUUGGCAUAAGAAGAUCUAUCAAGAAAUUCCUAACAAACCGUGAUCUCGCUCCAUUUUUUUUCCCUAAAGGUAAAGGAUUUGGAGAUGGUGAUUCACCUGAUACUCCAAUUAUCUUGCCUUCUUGGUUGUCGGAAGAAGAUGUCGAUUACUAUGCUGUCAAAUUUGAGGAGCAUGGAUUCACUGGAGGAGUUAACUACUACCGAGCUUUAGAUCUAAACUGGGAACUCAUGGCACCGUGGGUAGGGUGCCAAGUGAAAGUGCCUGUAAAGUUUAUUGUGGGUGACUUGGACUUGGUCUAUAACAUCCCGGGCGCCAUGGAAUAUGUACAUAACGGUGGAUUCAAGAAAGAUGUUCCGAUGUUGGAUGAAGUUGUCGUCAUGGAAGGUGUAGCGCACUUUCUCAACCAAGAAAAACCAGAUGAGGUCAACAAACACAUUGUUGAGUUCAUCAACAAGUUCUGAUUUUCUUACCCCUUCGUCAUGUUGUGUUUCUUGAAAUAAUAAGCUUGGCAGGCUAUAGAACACAACUUAAGGGUCAUUUGUUCACGUUUCUAAUUUAUUUUAUUUUAUUUUUUUUUUUUGGAAACUCAGCUACUCAAAAAAUCUCCAUUGUCUAUUUGUCACAGUAAUAUUUUACUUUUUAAUGGAGUUAGGAUGGCAACGGGGAGCAAUAAAGUAGAUAUUAAUUUUCUAUCUUUAUUCCCUUAUAAUAAUUUUUUUCCA